AUGACGCAAAAAUACUACGUCACCUACAACCAGGUCCACAAGCUAUGCCAGGACUCUGCCGACAAGAUUUUGAGCACUAUCCGCCCUAAUCUGAUGAUUGCCAUCGGUGGUGGUGGUUAUGUCCCCGCGCGGAUUCUCCGGUCGUUCCUGAAGCGCUCUGGUGAGCCCAACAUUCCCAUUCAAGCUAUCGGCCUGUCGCUCUAUGAGGACCUCGGCCGCGGCGAUUCGGAGGAAGUCCCUGGUACCAAGGUCACUCGGACACAGUGGCUCGACCUUAGCUCCCUCGAGAUGUCGAACCUGAUUGGCAAGAACAUCCUUAUUGUUGAUGAGGUCGACGACACCCGCACAACCCUUGAAUACGCCGUGCGCGAACUGCAGAAGGAUGUUGAGGACGCACAGAAGCAACUUGGGCGGGAGGGCGAGAAGACAAAUUUCUCUAUUUUCGUGCUUCACAAUAAGAACAAGUCGAAGAAGGGUGUCUUGCCAGCUGACAUGAUGGACUCUGGUCGCUAUCAUGCUGCGGUCACUACUGAUGAUGUGUGGAUCUGCUAUCCUUGGGAGGCCAAGGACAUUGACGAGCACGACCGGUUGGCCAAGGAGAACCCUCUUUUCUAA